AUACUGUGGAUAUGUAAUUCAAAUAUUAUUUGAAUUUUGAAAGCAUUAAAUAAAACUUAAUAUCUCUAAUUCAAUAUAAAAACUUUAGUAAAGAGAGGUAUGAAAACUCUAUAGAGUUAUUAGUAACUUUUUUUUAAAGGGGCUUGUGCAAAACGAAAUAAAAGCUCUAUUUUAUAUAAGCUUAAAAAGUUAUUUAAUAAAUAUGAUAUUUUAUUCAUUCUAAAUAAAAGCAGUGAGAUUAAUUACUAAGCUAGAAUUUAAAGUGUAGCAAAUAUUUAAAGAACAAAGACGAAACAUUAAAAUUAUCUAGUGCGAUUGCUCCUUAUAAAAGCUUCAAAAUUACACUUCAACAAAGAACUCAAAAAAAAAUGACUAACGCCAUGGAUAUUGUGAAAAAUGGAAGCACCAACGGCUCUAUUGAUGGGAACUCUGACGAAUCGCGCACCAACUUGAUUGUUAACUAUUUACCGCAAACUAUGACUCAAGAGGAGAUGCGUUCUCUGUUCUCAAGCAUUGGUGAGCUUGAAAGUUGCAAAUUGGUGCGUGAUAAAGUCUCAGUAUUGCCAGCGUCUUUAACAGCACUUAAUCCAGCAUUGCAACAAGGCCAAAGUUUGGGUUAUGGUUUUGUUAACUACGUUCGUGCAGAAGAUGCUGAAAAAGCUGUAAAUACGUUAAAUGGUCUCCGCUUACAAAAUAAGGUGAUAAAAGUGUCGUAUGCCCGUCCAAGUUCGGAAUCAAUUAAGGGUGCUAAUUUGUAUGUAUCGGGUCUUCCCAAAAAUCUUUCGCAACCAGACUUGGAAGCAAUGUUUGCAUCGUUUGGUAAAAUAAUUACAUCUCGUAUACUCUGUGAUAACAUUUCUGUUAAAGAACAAGGUGAUGAUGGAGCUUCUGAAAUGUCUGGUGAUGAUGGAUUGGAUUGCGUGAUCGAUAAAAAAGAUGAGGGACGUCCUCUUUUGCGUGGUUUUGUUGUAACAGUUUUAUGCGCGUUCAGUAGCUCAUCUGCUAUUUCCAAUUAA